AUGUUUUUCUCAUUAUUCUUUCAGCCUACGUCAUCAUCCGGCGUGUCUCAAACUGAUCCAUCAACAAAUCUAGUUCUUGGUUCUUCAUCAAUAAAUAAUUCAAUUUCUCCUUCUCUUAAUACUACUACUAGUGUUCCUUCAACAUCAUCUAUUUCUGUAACAACACAUAGUCCAAUGUCAUCCGGUCUUGGGGAUUUAGUAAAAACAUCGACACGUUCAGUUUCAAUUGAAUCGGGUACACGCAAUCGUACAAAUUUUCGAGAUCCAUCGCCAUCAUCAUCAGGAAUGCAACGACAAGGUCAAAAUGAAUUUGGAAAUAGUUCAUCAUAUGCAUUAUUUAAUCAAUCAACAAAUUCUAUGGUUACUGAUAAUUUACGUGUUCAACAUCAACGUGAAAAACAAGAAUUAUCAGAAUUAAAUGAUCGAUUUCGAGGUUAUCUCGAUCGUGUUAAAACUCUUGAAAAUAAAAAUGCUAAAUUAACCGGUCAACUUGAAGAUGUAACAAAAUCAUGGGGUUUAGCAUCUCAAGCGAUCAUAGGGCAAUAUUCACCACAGCUUGAUCAUCUUCGUCAAGAAGUUAAUGAAAGUAUGAUUGAUGAAGCUGAUUUACAAACACGUUUACGUCGUUCACAUUAUACAAUUGAUAAUUAUCGUUCAUUAAUCAAUGAUGAAACAACUUGGAAUGAUCGACAAGAAGAAAAACGUGAACAACUAAAAUUAGAAUAUGAACAUUCAUGUGCUGAAUUAGCAGCUUUACAAAAAUCGUAUAAACAAGUUGAAGAUCAAUUAAAAAAUUUACUUAAUCAACGCGAAGAAUAUCUCAAUGAAAUUGAUCAACUAAAUGAUCAAUCAUAUAAAGCAACACUUGAUCGAAUUAAAUUAGACCUACAAGUACAAACACUUCGAGAAGAAAUUCCGUUUCUUAAUGAUGUUCAUACACAUUUAAUUAAUGAAUUUGAGCAAUUAAAACCAGCCAAUGGUAUUGACACACAAUUAUUUUAUCGACAAGAAUUAGAAAAAGCUAUACGUGAUAUACGUCGUGAUUUUGAAACUUUACAUUCAGCACAACGUAAAGAAAUGGAAGAAUAUUAUAAUAUUAAGAUCGAAGAAAUUCAAAACGAUGCUAAAAAACUUGUACCAUUACAAUCACGACAAGAUGAAUUAAUGAAAAUAACUGAACAAAUUAAAGCAGCUAAAUUCGAUUUAAAUGAUUCACAAAAAUUAUUAGUUAAUGAAAAAGAAAAAUAUAAAGAAUUACAAGAACGUUUAGCUAAAUUAGAAGAAGAAUAUAGUUAUGUACGUGAUCAACGUACAGAUGCAAGUGAUUCAAUUAAUAAAGAUUUAACACUUGCACAAGAACGUAUACAACAACUAACUAAUGAAAUCGAUACAAUUUUACGAAGCAAUAUAACACUCGAAUCAGAAAUCAAUGUUUAUAGACGAUUAUUAGAUAGUGAAACAAAUCGACUUGCACAACAAACAGUCGAACAAAUUUUACCGCCUGAACCAGCACCACCAUCAUUUGGUAGUGAAUUAGGAAAAGUUUUUAAUAAAAAAAUUAAAAAGGGUCCAAUCGCUAUCAACUGUACACCUGAUGGUAAAUGUAUAACACUUGAAAAUAGUUCAAAUGAUAAAGAUGUUGAUGUGUCAAAUUGGACAUUAAAACGACGUGUAGAAGGUUCACCAGAUAUUUCUUAUACAAUACCUUAUGGUUUAAUAAUGAAACAUGGUAGUGAAUUGAAAAUCUUUGCUCGAAGUGCUCAAAAUGCUCAUCAUCGACCACCAUCAGAAGUUGUUAACGAUAAACUUGAUUCAUGGGGUAUGGGUACAGAAUGUGAAACACGUUUAUUUAAUGAACAAGGUGAAGAACGAGCUUCACAUUCACAAAAAAUUGUCUUUGGUUCGGAAUCAUCACGCAAUCUACCAUAG